AUGCCUCACACGUCUCGCAAAAAGCGUCCAUCAACACAAACACCUCAAAAACGGCUCCAAGUCGUCGAUGACGACGGCUGGACACAUGUUACUUCGAGUAAUAAUGUGCGACGCACACUUCGCGGAACCCAGCCGCAAUUGCAGUCGCACGAGCAGACCUUAAUUGAGGACAUCGAUGGUCAAGAGCCAACCUUCACUCCAGCAGAGGCACCAGGGCGAUUGACGCUCGAGGGACUACAGGCUCAAUAUCGAGAGCACCGGGACAGAUGGAAAUAUUCAGAGACAUGGACACGGUUACAAGCUCGGCUCGUCGAACGCAUUGCAGACGCGUCGUAUCAAAUAGAAGAUAUAAAAAUGGAUAGUGAGCGUACUGAACAGGGCAACGCAUCGCAAACAAGGCACCUUCAUGUCGACAAAGUCGUCUGUGUAGGGCUGGGGAGUCCGAGCGGAUUUCUGCGUGGUGGAUGGGUUGAUCGUCGAAGCGUAUCGAUGUAUCAACUGGCUGCUUUGGAAAGCGUAUCGUCGCAAAUAUCUCAAUCUCUCUCAGAGGCCAUCCCAAUCUACGCACAAGACCCCGUCUUCAACACUCUCGAUACCGCUCUUCUCUCCUCCCUCGGAAUCACCGUGAUAUCUCACCCAGCAGCAUUCAGCCUGAUCACCCCACAGACGCUGCUAUUCUGCCCAGGUGCAGAGAAAAAGCAUUUAGAGCAACUGCUCACAUUCAAUCCGUCCAUGGUGUUUGGCGGGCCUCUGGAGGACACAAAUUCAGAAACUAUCCAGAAUUUUGCGGACAAGAUGAGCUCGAUUUGCCUGAUGUCAUUCGAAGUAUCUGAACAUGCUUUCUGGAGGACGAGACUAUAUUAUCGGGAACAAUGA